UACACUGACUGAAAUAUCUACAAGCUCCCUAAAAAGCGAUGUUGCCAAGAUGAUUGUGAUAUGGGUUGCACUGCUUGCUAUUCAUCAAGGAUACACACUUAUUCCAGUAACUAAGGUUCAACUCGGUGAACCUGCAACUUUACUGUGUGACCUGCCUAAGACCGAGUUCAGCCGUAGAGUCGAUUGGUACAAGCAGAGUCCUGGAGACACUCUGCAAAGAAUUUGGACAGUAAAGGACUCUGCAGCACCUGCCUUUGCACCUGAGUUCAACAACUCAAAAUGGGAUGUUAAGUAUGACAAGAAUUUGAGCAAACUGACCAUUUUGAGGACAAGACAAGAGGACGAAGGAAUGUAUCACUGUGGAUUCACAGCGUGGCUCCAAGAUACCAAAUGGACUGCGACAUAUUUGUUAGUAAAAGGAAACACCCAGAGAACAUCAAACUAUUCUGUUGUUCAAGAGAAGAUAGCAACUCCAGGAGGCUCAGUCACUCUUCAUUGUUCACUCCUCUCUAAUUUUGAUGACAAGACAUGUUCAGGAGGUCUCAGUAUGUUCUGGUUUAGAGAAGGAUCAAAUCCAUCUCAUCCUAGCAUCAUCUACACUGACGGAAACAGACAUCAUAAAUGUGGGAAUAGCUCUGCGACUCAGCAGAGUUGUGUUUAUCAAUUCAAUAAAAGUAUUAGCUCCUCAGAAGAAGGCACUUACUAUUGUGCUGUGGCCACAUGUGGGAAGAUAUUGAUAGGAAAAGGAACUAAACUGCAAAUAGAACAAAGAGGUUCUGAAUUUUCUGCACUGGUGAUAACAAUAGCCUGCUUGGUCAUUUCUGUGAUUGUCAAUAUUAUUUUGAUCUGUUGCCGAAACCCAAGAGCAUCAUGCGAACAAUUUAAAAAUAACAGCUCUUCACAAGCAAGGCAAAGUGAUUUAUGCCAAACAGUGGACAACAGUGCUGAAAGUGGACAUGAUCUGAACUAUGCUGCUCUUCACUUCUCUGGAAGGAAAGCUACCUGUACAAGAGGAAAGAAGAAGAAUGAACUGGAAACUGAAGAAAGUGUUUAUUCUCAAGUUAAAUGCAAAAUGUAAAAGUGUAUCUAUGAGUGUCUGUGGGUUGGUUUAUAGUAAUCUUUAUCUAAAAGUAAACUAAUAUCAAAACUGAAAACAUGGU